ACACUCAGAGUUAGGUGGGGAGUGAGAAACAAACGGAGGAUUAAGUACAUGAACGCAGGGAAGUGCUUAGUCUAAACAGUGGAGCAGCGAUGUGGAUCUAAUUAUCUGCUCAGGGGAACUCAAGGCUGUCGAUAUUAAACACUUGUAAACCCUUAUAUUCAGGUUAAUAAACUUAUUAAACUGAAAAAUGUGUUUUAUGGAUACAACUUUACAACGCUAUUUGAAUAAAACUAGCAGUGCAAAGAUCUUCAUUCUUCCAGCUAGACCGCCUCAAAGACUAAAGAAAUGAUGAGCAGUAAGCGGACACUGAGCUAUAUGGAUCCUGUGGUCCACAGCAAGGUGCCCAGGCUAGAGAAGACUAUAGAUCACAUUGUUUCUGCUGGCCUUGGCAAGCCAGGGACCCUCCCUAGAUAUUCCCUUGAAGAUCCUCUAAACUACAGUGGGUCUUAUUUCACCUACUGCCUGACUGGUCAGGAGGGUAGAGAUCUGCCUCCUCCAUGGAACCCCUCAGGAACAUGUAUGCCAAAAGUAAGGAAUCCAGUUGUUCACCCCUUGAAUGCUGAGAGGACAUUACCAAAUGGAUUUAUGUAUCGAUCAGAAGAAAUUGGCUUUCCUACAGAAAACAAUCCUGCAGUUGUGCAAGACCUGAUUGCUGCAAAAGAAAAAUGUGCAUAUUUUGGCAAAAGCCAUGAAAACUCCAAGCAUAGCCCAAAUACGCAAGGAAUCCACACUCCAGUGGCUAUAAGAAAGCUAGCUGUAGGAAGUGCCACUGUGUCCUCACAAUCUGAAAGCUCUGUAGGUUUAGCAAUCCCUAAACCUAUUUAUGGGCAGAGUCCUUGCUGCACAGACCAUGGAUAUAAAUCAAGAGCCUGUUACAACCUUGAACGUGGAACUGACAGUGUCCAGCAUGGUUCCUUCGAGGAGGAAUGGAAGCCAGUUUCAGGAUUACGUUACGGUCCUAUGUCUCCCAUGGAUAAACGUGAAGAAUUAAUUCAGCAAAGGGUUCUUCAGUUUGAGCAAAAUGCCAGCAGAAGAUUUCAGCCUAAGGAGGCAAAUUCUGAGGGUUUCCAUGCAAUACGCCCAUCUGAAGCUAUAAGGCUUCCAUCCUUCAUAGAUGCAGACUACAAUAGCUUGCCAUACAACGGUGCUGCACGGUCAUUCUCUAGUCCCUCUUCCCAGCGAUUUCAUAGUGUGCAGAUUCCUUCUAAGAUGUAUCAUGGCAUACCCACAUCUCCUUCAAGAAACUAUAAUGAAGUGCAACAGAUACCUCUCUCUCACUCUCAGAUUUCACCAGCUGUCUACCAAGAAAGAUCUUCCAUUUCCAGAUAUCCCCAGCUACCUCAGAGGCAUGUAUUUUUCUACCCUCAGGGAAGUCUGGAUAUUGAAAAAGGUACAACUUUCAAAGGUAUGGGAGAGCAUUUGGAGCAAACCUCACCUACACUAAAUAAGAGUACUCAGAAUCCCACAGAACAGUAUCUUGUUCCCCAACCUUACUAUACUGAGGUUCCAAUCCCUUAUCCCAUGAUUUCAACAAAUGUGCCUUUCCACAGGGAUUAUGAACUUGCACCCUAUCCAGUAUACAAAAUUCAACCAAGCUCAGGACGUAAAAGGGUUUUUUCUGAAGUAUCUGGAGCUCCUCUUCAAAUGCAGCUCUCUGAUCGGCCAAUGGAUUUCUCUUCUGAAAAAGUCAGAAUAAUGUCUCCCCCAAGAGAGUUUAAUAGGCAGCAGCAUACAUCUGGUGCUUUUCAUCCUGUGCAUGCUCGUACAGUUAUUCUAAACCAAGAGAAUAUGCCUCUUGCAAAGCAAAAGAUGGUUGUAAAUUCCAGAAUAGUAUCAAGCCCACAAGAAGGAAUACCUUUCUGUGUAACUGGCUACCCUCAUGAAAUGACUGUUCCUGCGGCUAGACAGAAUAUCUCAGGCUUGGCAGAACAUGAGGUGUCUGAUGGCAGUAAUUACAAAUUGAAAGACCCUAAAGAUUCUGAAGAGAGAAAUACACUUAUGUCACCUCCUUGUAGGGAACCAGAGGGCGGUGAAGAUGUGUAUGAAGUUGUAGUUUCCAACAAUCAAGAGAGAAAGAAAAUGGAUAAGCUCCAUCUUCCUCCUUCACCUCCCAUGCCGGUUAUCAACAAUGUUUUUAGCUUGGCCCCUUACAAAGCUUAUCUAGAAGCCUCAGGAAUGCUACCUCUACCAGACAUUGUAAAAAGUGGGUCACAUUCUAGUGCAGAUGCACACAAACCUGAACAACGAAUGCAGGAGAAAGUAACAAGAACUCUGUCCAAAAAAGAUUUGGAGGAACGUGAGACCAUGGAGCAUGUAAGCACAGAGCAAAGCAACCUACAGGGCAAAAAUGGUUCAUUAAAGAUUAGUGAGAACAGGAGUGAUAAGUUGCAGCAUGACAUCCAAGACAAAAUGGUCAAAAAAGAAGAAGCUGAAGCUGUGACAAGUGCAUCGGAUUGUCCUCACAGUAACACAGUGCUUGAUCUCCGUGUGAAAAAGCCUGGUGAGUCUGGCAGCCAGGUCCAAUCAUUAACGGAAAAUCAGAAUUUACCAGUGACCGACUCAAGCACUACUGAGCGAAAUGGAGUUUUGGGAGAAUCGGCAGUGACCGGUAACAUCGGAGCAUCAAGGGCUGUCAGUGUAUCCAAUUUCACGCAAAAGAAAUUUCAAAUUAUUGCAUCACCACCUCCAAAUCCAGAGACACUAUCCCAUAAACCCAGUGAAUCAAAAAUAAGUUGUUUUAAGCAAAUUUCUGCUCACUGUCUCAAGCUUCCCACUUUUAAGAUAAUCUUACCUGAUGUUAUCAAAAAUACUACUCAAAGUGCUGCGGAAAUACCUUCAGCCCCUUCAGCAUCUCCUGAGACCAAGAGCAAUAGUGAGACAACCAGACAUGCUCGACACCACUUUAUGGAACUCCAUCAGUCUCUUUGCAGGUUGAUCGCCAGUUCUAUUUCCGAAACAUCCGAGGAGGAAUUGAAAGCAUGGCUUGCAAAAACUGAGGAGAACUCUGAGUCUGUGUCACCUUCCACUAAGACCCAAAACAUAUCCUGUAUAAUGGGUGCCAUAGGGAGGGAAGUGUGGUUGAAAUUUGAAGAUAUCGCUGGUGCACUCAGACGUGUCCUUUCUCAGCUGGAGGACUAUAUUUCCCGGAAGCAGUGCCCUUUCCCCCAUGUUAUCCGAACAGGGACCAUUUUCAUUCCAAUGGUGGUGGUGAAGGAGUCUCUUUUUCCUAAUGUUCCAGGCUCUUCUAUUGAUCAGGUUCUACAGGAGCAUCGUGUUGAACUCAGACCCACAACACUUUCUGAAGAAAGACUCCUUACACAGCUUCAGAAGCGUGGCUGUUCUUCCAAGCUUAGGAGACUUUUAUCUCUCAAACAGCUUCCAGACAUUUACCCCGAUGUGCUCAACUUGUACUACCACUCCUGUGUAAGAAAACACCUAGAUUCCACUUCACCAGCUGGCCUCCAAAACUCAGUCCAGAUGACCUGUUGCAGCAUGAGUGUCUUAAAUUCGUGUCAAAAUGUCUUUGAAAUGUGGGGACUUAAUUGGUACUACAAAAACAAAGCUCUUAUUGGGAAAGAGGUCGACGCCAUCGUGAAAACGGAGAAGGAAGAAUAUCUGGGAGAUAGCUUCCAACCACCCAGCAGGACAUGUUCACCAGAAGGCUUUCGAAAUUCACAAGCUCCUGAAACAGUGGGGGACUUAAAGGACUUGAGAAGAGGGACUCACUUCAAGAAGCAGAGAAGAAAAGGCAGACGGAAAAGUGCUUUAAAGAGAACUUUUUGGGGGAAAGCACGUUUAGGUCAGAGUGGUAGCAUGAAAUUCACAGGUAAUUCGGAAAGCUCCAGUGGAGAAGACUCAGUUUGUCAGGAUUGGGAAAGGGUGGAAAGCAGUUUCAGUGGGGACUCUGAAAAGCUAGAAGUCAAGGUAGAGGAUGUUUCCUCCAAGAUAAUGGAGAUAAAAGAGGAACCAGAGAACACCUCCAUUUGGGGGCCGGUUACGUCGGAUGAUUUUUCCUCAGGGAAUAGUGAUGGAGAGACAGAAAAGGCCAUGGUGCAUUUAGAUAAAAGGAAAUCUUCAUUACCAAGAGAACUGACAUCAAAGGAGGUGGUGUCUAGUGGGACACCAAAAAAACAGGUCUCGGUGUUUCAGAAGUACCACUCAGGUGUUUUACUGAAAUUUAAAAGAGAUACCAGAGGAAGAGAUGCAAAUUUCUGCCCAAAGUCAGACCCUGAAAUACACGUGCAUUACAAUAAAUUGAAAGGUCUUGCAGGAAAAGUAGAGGAAGGGGAGAAGAACAUAUCCGGGCGAGUCCGUCCAAGAGUGUCCCAGCAAAGGAGGAGAGUGCCUGGUAUUGUGGAAGCCCUGCGCCCCACACGCAGUACCUCAAAGGUCUUGCACCUCCGCAAUUCUAUGGUGCAGAUCAAAUUCCGACGUUACCUAACUGUCCAGCACAGUGUGCUGCAUCACAGUGCACAACGACGGAGAAAGAAAGUGGUGCGGUCAGCUGUCCAAAGGGUUAGACAGGCCAUGAAAACCAAGUACCCUGAGCUGGUUGGGAAGCGAAUUCGACACUUGUAUGAGGAGAACGAUAAGUCUGAGGUGUGGUACCGCGGGGUAGUGGUCCGUGUAUAUGAGCCACACCCAAAUCCUUUGAAAACUGUUUAUGAGGUGAAGUAUGACAGUGAACCUGAGUGGCAGUACUACUUGGAGCUUCUAAUGGAUUACAAGAAAGGAUGGCUCAAAGUGGAGGAUUGAAGAACUCUUGAAGGACUUGUUUGCAUCUAGUGUGCUCUGGUGAAAUUCGGUGGAACAUAUUAAACUGGUACUUGUUUAUUGUA